AUGACGAGCUUGACUCCGGAAGACAUCAUAUUUCGGCCUCCUAUGGCUCAAUGGGGCAAAGUUAUCAGAGAAGCCGAGAAGAUAGUUGGAUAUCCGACCUCUUUCAUGAACCUGCGAUGGCUAUUAAGCGACGAAUUCGCCAAUUUAGCGAUGCAUUUGCGCACAGUUGUUGGCAUGAAUCACCCCAUCGUCAAGACCGCAAAGAUGCUCCUACACAAUGAACACAACAACCUGCAACCCUGGGGCCUCAUCAUACUCCUACUGUCCAAGGCAGUCAACCCACCAACAUCACUCCUAACCAGCACAGUUACGCAAAACCAGAGAAUAUUAGCCGAACUCACAGAAAUGAUACGAACAGGACACUAUGUACACCGAGGCUUACUAAACAUACCACCGAGUGACCGAAACAAAAGUUGUGACUCAUCAAUAUUUGCCAACAAAAUAGCUAUCCUUAUUGGAGACUAUUUACUUGUAACUGCUAAUGGAAUGUUGGCUAGGCUAAAACAUCAAGACCUUUCAUACUUAAUUUCUACUGCUUUACGUGAUAUAAGUGAAGGAGAGUUUUAUGGGCAUAGAGAUGCACAAAACAUGCCCGUACCAGGCAAACCGGUGCAGAACACAAGGGAUGUGUAUGAGAUAUGCAGUGACACAUUACCAUUAGAAGUGAAAGAUGUUCUCGGUUCACCGGUAAGGGAAUGGACAUUACGGUCAAUGUAUAACGGAGGAUCACUGUUUGGUAGAGGCUGUCAGGGCGCUCUAGUACUAGGCGAACAUGACUUAAAGAAGCAGGAAACCGCUUACAAAUUCGGCUGCCAUCUUUGUUUAGCAUGGCAAGCAGCGACCGAAGUACAAAAGAUGACAUCGGACAAAGAUUCCUUCUCUAUAGUAAGUGCACCAGUUUUAUUUGCUAUUAACGAAAAACCUCAUUUAUACGAACUUGUAGCGAAUAUACAGAAUAUUACAGAGGUGGAUUUAGAAGUAUUGAAAACUGAGGUCUUAAACACAGAUGCUAUAGAACGGACUCGGUUAUUGUAUACAGAGCAUGCGGAUAAAGCGAAGACUUACGUUGAAGAGUUCGACGCAGGCUUUAAGUGGAACUGGGCUGGUCAUGUGUUCCGCAUGUCAGACGAGCAGUGGGCAAAACUUACUACUGAGUGGAGUCCACUCAACGUCAGUAGACGUCGCGGCAGGCCCAAAAGGAGAUGGCGGGACGAAUUAGACAUCUAUGACAAGGAUUGGCCGCAAAAAGCUUUACAUAGAGAGGAGUGGAAGGAGGGUAGGGAGGCCUUUGCCCUGCAGUGGGACGAUCAUGGCUGA